CCUGAACAAGCUUCCACUCCUUGAUUCUCUCCGAUAACCUUGCCUAUAUGCUUGUCUAUGUCGUUCCUUAUUCUCUGAAUUCUUCUCGUGUGGGACAAAAGCAACAGCAUGUGCUUUAUCUAUAGAAUUUUUUGGUUUCCCUACUUUUAACUUUCUGUGUACUUGUGUGUGUCUUAUUCUCUUCAUUAUUAUUGUUAUUGUCACACUUGACCAUCGGAGCCAUGUGGAGACGAACAUAUUUGCUUCUACUGGGGAUCCGUGUUUACUUUGCCCUUUCCCCAAGCUACCUUCACCCAGAUGAGAACUUUCAGGGACCUGAAGUUUUUGCAGGUCGCGUCCUCUCCUACCCAUCCAAAUUACCAUGGGAAUUUACCGCCGAUAAGCCGAUCCGCAGCGUCUUUCCGCUAUGGCCAACCUACGACGUGCCAAUAAGCCUUCUUAAAUGGUUCUAUGCCGAAACAGGGGCCCCUACACCCCCUCCUCCACAGUUUAUCUACUAUGUACUGCGAGGGAUCAUGUUUCUCUUGAGCUUUGUGCUGGAGGACUGGGCUGUAUAUGAGUUAGUUCCUUUUGCGCGACACCGUCGGGCGACUGUGGUGCUGGUCGCAUCCUCGUACGUCACCUGGACAUAUCAGACGCACACCUUCUCCAACUCCCUUGAGACGUUGUUGGUUGCUUGGGGCCUGGUCUUGAUUCGCCGCAUUGUCGAGAAUAAGCGCCGCGCAUCCGUCUUCUCCUGUGCUGUCCUGGCCUUUAUUGCUGUCGCUGGCGUUUUUAAUCGAAUCACUUUUCCGGCUUUUCUCGCCAUCCCAGGACUUCAAUUAUUACCUCAUUUUCGGCGCAAGCCGGUCUCAUUCUUAUCCUUCGUGGGGUUCGGUAUAUUCUUCUUUGGAAUCGCUGUUCUUGUUGAUACCGCCUUCUAUAGGCCUUCUGCAUCUUUGUGGGAUGUCCUCCACUCACCGAUAAUUACACCCAUCAACAAUUUGCUUUAUAACUCCGAUAGUCUGAACUUAGCGCUUCAUGGACUCCACCCUCGUUAUCAACACUUUUUAGUCAACUUGCCGCAGCUCCUUGGGCCUGCAUAUGUUAUGAUGGCUGUAUCAUUGUGGAACUUGCCAGCUAUCCCAGCCUGGAUGAAGAACGCGCGUGCUGUCUCCGCCUUAUCAGCAACUGCCAUAUUGUCGAUUUUCCCCCACCAAGAGCCGCGCUUCUUAAUACCAUGCGUCCCUCUUCUCCUCAGUUGCUUCCGUGUGAGUAAGUCGCGUUUGUUCCUGGCCACCUGGAUGAUAUUUAAUGUUGCUCUGGGAUUCUUAAUGGGCAUCUAUCACCAAGGGGGGGUUGUACCUGCUCAGCUUGCAAUGCCCUCUAUCAUCUCGGCUAGCAGUGUUGAAUCAAGCGAUGAAUUCUCAGGAGAGAGCUCUGGUGUCUCUGCGACAGUCAUUUGGUGGAAAACGUAUUCUCCCCCAUUAUGGUUACUUGGAACUAACAACAAUUCGUUCCUGAACAUCGAAACUCGAGACUUAAUGGGCGUUCCCGGACCCGAUUUGGUUGAGGAGCUGGAAAAACUGCUCCCGUCCUGCAGCAAUGAAGAGUCGAAGCAGGUUGACUCGGUAUUCGUGGUUGCGCCCAAGUCUGCUGCUUUUCUUGACCAAUAUACCCCUUCGCCGAGUUCGUCGUCGGUUAGCUCAGCUUUAGAGCUACACGAACUGUGGUCUUACAAGAAACACAUCAACCUGGAUGAUCUAGACUUCGGCACUGACGGUGUCUAUUCGACAUUGGCGCGAGUGAUUGGUAGGCGCGGACUGGCCGUGUGGAGAGCUAAAAGGGCAGAUUGUAAUUGAAGAUUGAUCAUCUAAUGGCAUUAACAUAUCAAACACAUGAUGAUGUAAAGUUCACAAAUGGCAAACUUCCAACCACUAAUCCUCUGUCCUCUUCUCAUCCUCUUGUUUGUGAGGUUCUGGGUUAAGUGGCCUCGGUGAUCAGCAUCUAACUCUUCCUAGUCUCUUCUGCGAAAUAUUCAACUGCCUCUGAUUUUCCUAUAUGCCCCCCCAGUGCAGGUAAUGGCAUGUGUAUCGUG